UCACAUGUUCUUCGAUUUUGCUACAGGAGUGACAACUGUGUUUAUACAAAUCUUUGCUUCCGUAAAUAUAUUAAAUUGUUGAAAUUCGAAAGAAAAUGAUAGAAAUAUUGUUCAAUAUAGAUAAUGGAUACCUAGAAGGUUUAGUUAGAGGGUUCAAAUGCGGUAUCCUUAAAGUCGCUGAUUACCACAAUCUUGUACAAUGCGAAACAUUGGAAGAUCUCAAAGUGCAUCUUCAAAGCACCGAUUAUGGGAAUUUCCUCGCUAACGAACCUAGUCCUUUAACAGUCAGUAUUAUCGAAGAUAAGUUAAGAGAAAAACUUGUUAUUGAAUUUCGACACUUCAGAAAUCAAGCAGUUGAACCAUUAUCAACCUUUCUGGACUAUAUAACGUACAGCUACAUGAUUGAUAACAUAAUCCUUCUAAUUACCGGAACAUUACAUCAACGACCCAUAUCAGAACUGAUUCCAAAAUGUCACCCUCUGGGAAGUUUCGACCAGAUGGAAGCCAUUCAUAUUGCCUCCACUCCUGCUGAAUUGUACAAUGCAGUUCUUGUAGACACUCCAUUAGCGCCAUUCUUUGUUGACUGCAUUUCUGAACAGGAUUUAGAUGAAAUGAAUAUUGAAAUUAUUAGGAACACUUUGUAUAAGGCAUAUUUGGAAGCUUUCUACAAGUUUUGCAAAGACCUGGGUGGUAUCACAGCUGAAGUUAUGUGUGAAAUUCUGGCAUUUGAAGCUGAUAGAAGAGCUUUCAUCAUAACCAUCAAUUCUUUUGGGACUGAACUGACAAAAGAAGACAGAGCCAAAUUAUAUCCUCACUGUGGGAAACUCUAUCCAGAUGGACUUCAAGCACUUGCCAAAACAGAUGAGUAUGAACAAGUGAAAGCUGUUGCUGAAUAUUAUGCGGAAUAUCAAAUGCUUUUUGAAGGUGCUGGUACAAAUCCUGGUGAGAAAACACUAGAAGAUAAAUUCUUUGAACAUGAGGUUCGGCUCAACAGCAGCGCAUUUCUUCAGCAAUUUCACUAUGGGGUAUUCUAUGCUUAUGUUAAGCUAAAAGAACAAGAAUGCAGAAACAUAGUCUGGAUUUCUGAGUGUGUUGCUCAACGUCACAGGGCCAAAAUUGACAAUUAUAUUCCUGUGUUUUAGUGUACAUAUUGACAGAUGUUCUCCCUUUAAUCUAGACUUGUUAUUAAAAAGCAAAUAUUGUCAUUCCAAUGGCUGUACAUGUGUGGAAAUUCUAGUUAGAUGAGAAUAAUGUUAUAUAAUAUUUAUUAUAUUGUUUUUGUUGCAUCUGUGUAAAUAUAUUUAAUCAAGCAAUGAUAAAAAUUUUGAAAAUAUAAGUGGUUGUAUGUCAUAAGAUGUAUUGUGUAAUUUGUUCAACUUUUGAAAAUUUCAGUAAGAAAUUGAUUUAUGUAUAUUAACUUUAGAUACAUGUUUCAAACUGAAAAAAAAAAACUUUAUUGAAGAGAAAAUGCCUGUGUAAAGUCAUGUAUCUAUUUUGUUUGCAAUACUAGAAAUUAAAAAAAACUAGUGAAUUGUUAAAUUGUGUUAUAGUUUAUUUUCUAAAAUUUAAAAUUUGCAUUACAUAUCACGAUGUCAAUUUCCGUAAGGAUUUGGAUUUUAUGAAAAAUGAUACUGUUUCAGAUUAGCCUAUGUUGUAUAAACUUUUAUCAAGUACUUUUGUACCUGAUUUUAAAGAAUUUUGUUGAUUUUGUCUGUGUGUAAUAAAAAACAAAUUCUCCCAGU